AUGAGGAUUGAUGCUGUGAUGCAGUCACCACAAGACUUGGAAAAAUUAUAUUCAGAAGUUCAUCUUCUUAGAUCAUUAAAACACAAUAACAUCAUCAAGUUCUUUGAUUCAUAUCAGAAGAAACAUAAAACGGUUGAUUUGAAAGCGAUAAAGAAGUGGGCAAGACAAAUUCUAAAUGGUCUUCACUACCUUCACAGUCAAAAUCCAUCUGUGAUUCACAAGGAUUUGAAAUGUGACAACAUAUUUGUGAAUGGGAACAAUGGAGAAAUCAAGAUUGGUGAUCUUGGAUUGGCAACUGUCAUGCAGCAACCAAUUGCCAAGAGAACACCUAAAUUCAUGGCACCAGAGCUUUAUGAAGAGGAAUACAAUGAACUUGUUGACAUAUAUUCUUUUGGGAUGUGUUUGUUGGAAAAGGUGACACUUGAGUAUUCUUAUAGCGAAUGGAAAAAUCCAGCUCAUAUCUAUAAGAAAGUAACCUCAGCAUUCAUUGAAAAAUUUCUGGUUCCAGCAACUGAAAGAUCAUCUGCUGGAAAGCUUCUAGAAGAUCCUUUUCUGAAAGAGGAAACACCAAGAUCAUUGAAUUUGAUGGAGAUUGAUCAAUCUGGGUUACUCAAGGAAAAUGCAAAUGGUAGCAAAUACUGGGCAUAUGGAGGUGAGUUUGGAGAUACACCAAAUGACUUAAAUUUCUGCUUAAAUGGUCUCAUAUGGCUUGAUCGGACUCCUCAUCGUGCUCUAAAUGAGGUCAAGUAUUGCUGUCAACCAAUUAAAAUUUCAUUCACCAAUGGCGUAAUUAAGGUGAUUUUGGCUCUUGAAACGAGACUCAAGAUAUCAUAUUUUGGCAUGGCUAGAAGCUUUGGAGGAAACAAGACUCAAGCAAAAGUAAACACACAGAGAGUUGUUGGCACAUAG